AUGCAGAUCUAUGAUACGAUUCUACCAAGCAUACGAGGCUCGCUUCCCGGCACACCCGAGCACUCGGACUGGGGGGCGACUUGGCUCAGAAUCAAGAUCUGCAUCCUCGACAUCCUACACGACUGUGUCACGUACCUCGUUGAUAACGCAUCUUCGAGGGAGCUACUCCUCGACACGAUGAUGAAUUUGACCAAGGCGACGAGGAACGGCAAUACUCAAACGGCGGCACUUCUCGACUCGCCAUUACUGGUCGACUAUGAAAACCUCUUUGCAUUUUCCGCCAUCCUGGAUAGUCUCGGUGUCCAGUCUGACGAUAUGAAGAUUCGCCAUCUGACCCAGAUUUUCCUUCCGUAUGGAGAGAACGUUCACAUGGAGUCCGCUAUACUGCAAACUCUCUUCCAUGACGCGGAUGUGGAGAAGACACCGUUGGCGAGGACAAGAGACUUUCCCCCGACGACAACGAAGGGCAAAGGACGAGCUACCCAGGCACAGGUAGAAGAUGAAAGCAGGAUUGAGGAAGUCAUCGUGCACGUUUUAGAGAUCCUACCUGACCAAGAUCCCGAAUUCCUAAGGCGUUGCCUCCAACACCCCACGUAUCGAGGUGAAGAUGGCAAGGACAAGCUAAUUGCCUCGCUCUUGGAUGGGUCGAUCCCGAUUGAACUCAUGGACGCCGCCGAACCCUCUGGGCAAUCUACUGUCAUAGACGCGUCGAUGGAAGCCGUGGAGAAAAGACGCAACGUGUUUGAUGACCAACUCAUCGAUUUGUCAAGUCUGAGGAUAGGGAAGAAGCGGCAAGUCCUACUCCUGCGGGUUUCACAAGAUGAUAAUGCAGACGAGAUGAUGCAAGAUAAAUCAUGGAUACAAGAGAUGAAAGCAGAGAUUAUGCGACGAGCUGAAGUGACUUCGGACGACGAGGAAGAGAUGGAUCGUCAACGCGGCUCACGCAAGACACCGUAUGAGUACGAAGACGACGAUCAAUUUGAUGAGCUGGAUGACUCUGUUGGAAAUGUCAGCGUUGCAGGGGACGGAGAAGAGAGCGAUGCAUCGGACGAUGAGCCAGAUACAAAUAAGAUCGAGACGAUAUUGGAGCUUGCCUACAUUAACGAUCCAAAGGUCUUCGAUCGUGAUUCGGCAACAAGAAAGUCCAAGGAGAGGGCGGACUUGAGCGCCAAGACAGGCUGGAGCCACGAGCAACUUGAGGGGUGGCGUAUCGUGCUCGAACGCAACCCCCGAAAGAACAAGAUCCUUCAAAAGCAUGAGUUUAGAGGGAACAAGGCACUCCAUCCUGUGGACGGGAUCAACGAAGCUGGUCCUUCACGGCGGGGUGGGGAAUCUCAUUCACAGCUCAAAGGCGAAACGGGCUCUCAUCACCCACGAGAACAAGCGCAAGCUCAAGGGGGAGAGCCACGAGGAAAGGCUAGAGGAGGUGGCAGUCGAGGCCGUGGCCGUGGACGCGGGUCAGGUGGAGACGAGAACACAGCGCGUGAUAGGGCAUGGAAAGAGCGGAACAAGAAUCGAGCUCGUGGGCGUGGUCACGAUAAGAAAAUGGCUCGGGGAGCUCCUGCGGAGACAUGA